AAUUUGUUCCUAACUCCAAUAGUCUUACAUUUUAUACUUUGUAUUAUAUUUCAAAACCAAUAAUUUUUGUUAUUUAGGCUGUACUAAUUUGUGGGGAGAUAAAGUAUUGAGAGCCGGUUGUGGUGCACAUUUCAGAAUGAAAAUAAUAUCAGAUGUCAGCUGGAGCUUUUUGGAAAAUAUCAAAGGUCAAGUCUGUUUAGCCGAUAACAACUAUGUGGGCAAUAUUGAUUAUUCAAAUAUCAAUGAAAACACAAAUGUAAAUGUUUUUAGAAAAACAGCUCCAAUUGAAUUACCAAUAGCUCCUUACUAUGAAAUAGAUUACUGUAAAAUAACUCCUUUGAUACUCAUUAUUGGAGGUGAGACACAUGGAUUGAGUGAUGAAGGGUACGAGUUCGCUAGAUCAAGAAAAGGUAUCCGCUUAAAUAUUCCACUUGAAAAUGGAAUAGAAAGCUUAAAUUCUGCUACAGCUGUAGGUAUUUUAUGUUUUGAGGCCAAAAAACAAAUGUUAAGUUUAAUAAGAAGUGGAGAUGAAAUCGAUAAAAUUGAACAAGUAUAUUAAGAUAAUAAUAUUAUAGUUUUAAAAUGUAUUUUAUAUAAAAUUAUUUUAAUAUAUAAAUAAAUGAAAAAAAAUAUUAAGUA